GGUUAUCACAUCGACUUGUCAGCGUUGUGUGAUGGUUGUUAAAGACGAAGCUCAUUGAGUGUACUGUUUAGUAUACGCUUCUCGACAAUUCUACUCAUGUUUAAGAAGUUCCUGGCUGUGGUAAUUGACCACAUUCUAGGAAGAUAUUUUGAAGGUUUCAAUGGUGAAAAUUUGUCAUAUGGUCUGCUUAAUGGAAAUAUUACCUUGAGUAAUUUGACUUUAAGGAAAGACACUUUGAACAGUCUGUUUGAUAUCCCGCUAACGUUAAAGUCUGGUUCUGUCGGUAAUGUGUCGAUAUUCAUUCCUUAUACUCAUCUUUGGAGUCAAGCUUGGCAACUUUCACUUGAUAAGGUUGACUUAGUAGCAUAUGCUUCAGCUGAGGACCUGUGGGUUAAUUUGAAUCCAAAUCAUCCAGAUGGUCCAGUCAAAAUGUCUUCCAUAAACGAAAGUCAGUCAGAAAAGUGGGUGACUAAGACUACUCCAAAAGAUCAGGGAAAUAAAUGCUUUGCUGAGUCUCCAGUUAAUGGAAAAUACAGCUUAGACCAAAUGGAGAAGAGAUGGUAUCAGACAAUGUCCGGUGGUAAACUAAAAGACGCAGCAGCUAUGGCCGCAUUAGUUGCUAUGGAUUCUAGGUCAGACAACCCUUCUUGGUGGUCAUACAUAACCUCAGUUGGAUAUAGCAUAAUCCGUAGUCUUCAAAUUGAAAUUCGUGAAGUUCGUAUUUCUCUAAUUGACCCAAAUACUUUCGAAAAUCGGGACGCAUUAAGCAAUUCAUCUUGUGAUUAUCAUCCAAAUUUUGGGACAUUUACUAUCAGUCUACAGCGUUUAACACUGGAAACUACGGACUCGCUCUGGCAACGUACCACUUCAACAUCUCAAGAACCUGUUGAGUACAAAUUAAUAAAUGUUCACGGGCUCAGCACUACAUGGAGUCCAAAGUUAUCUGCUCCAGGAAAUUUGUCGGCUGUUGAAAUUAUGACUGAGUCAUCUAAAGAUUGUAAUAAACUGUUGAAAGAGAAUUUGUUAUAUAUUUUACCUCCAUGUCAUUUAACUGGCCAUUUAAAACGUAAUCAAACAAAUAUUGGAAUAAUCGGGAGUAGUAGUGGAUCAAUAACAUCGACACCUACUAGUAAUCAUCAAUUGGAGUUAAAUAACAAAGCACAAGUUGAAUUAAAUAUUAAUUUAAGUCAAUUAAAUAUACAAAUAUCACAAGAAUUUUGUUGUAAUCUUUUACAUUUAUCAAAAAUAUUAAUAAAUCAGUAUGAACGUUUAGAACAAUUAAAACGUAGACCAUCUAGUGUAGUAAAAAACAGUCAAUGGUGGCGUUAUCUAGCUGGUGAAAUUCGUCCAAGACUUCGUGUUCUAUUUCAUUCAACACUUAGCCAUAUUUCGUUAUCCGAUUUAGCAUUAGAAGCGAAAUUAAAUGUUAUUUAUGUGAAAGCAUACACAGCUUAUUUAAUUCAAGGUUUGUCAUCUUCAACAACCAAAUGUUUGAUUACAACUGACCAAAUCAAUAGUAUAUGUAAUGGUUUAGGUUAUACAUCUGAAAUGCAUUUAGAACGAUUAAAACUAGAUCAGUUAUGGUCUAUUCAACGAAUUGCAACUCUUCGCUUAAUUGCUAUGAGACGUGCUGCAGUUACAUUACUUACGCUAUUGAAAUCGGAUAAUAAAAGUUCAACAAUUAUCAUCGAUCCAGGAAUUCAUCCCUCUACAGUCACUGGAAACUCAUCAACAGCGAAUCAAUCAUGGUAUUAUACUUGGUGGCGUUUUUCUUCAGGGUGGGGAAUUCCCUCACUAUUAUCAUCAUUUACAUCUUCAACAACAGUUGAUGAAUUACAAUCUAAUGUAGAUAAUUUGAAUCAGUCUAUAACAGAUCAACAAACAAUUGAUUCGGAUUUAAAUCAUUCAAUGAAUGAAGCAAUCUUUGAAUUAUUGGAUGAAUUUGCUGCACAUACAAAUAAUAUUGACUAUACUUGUAUUACAUAUCCGAUAUUUGUACAGUUGGUAUGUACUGUUGAUGGAUGUAGUUUACGAUUAAUUGAUCACCUUGAAGAAUCUGUCGAAACAUAUACACAUCCAGCAUUUAUUAGUUUAUCAGGAAAACAAGUGUAUUUUGAUUUGGAAGUUCGACCACAAUGUAAUUCCUAUAGAUUAUCAACUCAUAUUCAAUCGUUUACUGUUCAUGAUGAACGGUAUAUGUUAAAAAAUCGUAAACAGUCAUCAUUAUCAUCACCAUCAUCGCAAUGUAUCCCCAUGUUUCCUGUUGUUGUAUUUCCUCGUUAUCAAACUAGUUCCUUAAGAACUGAUAAACAGAGUAAUGAAAGACAUGUUUUCUCUCUUAUUUACGAAGUAAAUCCAUCACAAAAAAAUGUUGAUUAUAUUCUCCAAAUUCAUACUGAACCUGUGAAUUUAGUCUUUCAACCGGAAUUAAUUCAUCAUAUUAUGAACUUCAUUUAUGUGAUUGCAUCGGCUUCAUCUUCACAGUUAGAAACUUCAACUGGACGCCGUUACACAUUAAUCAAGGAGAGUAAAAUAAAGAAUUUACAUUCAUUUCUUAAAUCUACUCCUGAUAAGAAUGUUGAAGCUAAAAUUAAUUCUUCCAAAUCGCCUCAGUUUUUUCCUUCCAAUGUAUCUACGCCUGUUAAAUCACAUAAUCGUUGGAACAUAAAUUUCGAUAUAGAUGGAUUAAAAGUGUUAUUUCCAAAUCGUUUUAUGCAUAAUAACAUGCUGAAUUUAAAUACAAAUCUUUUUACUACUUCUAACUCAAUAAUCUGUUUACUAUGUGAUUUCGGUCAUUUACAAGUGACCAAUUGGCCAGAGAUCCAAGUAACUAAUAAAAUUGACGAUAGAUUGUCAGUGAAAAUGAGUUCAUUGAACAAUCAUAAACUUGAAAUUGAUAAUCACCAGUGUAAGAAACAGCCUAAGACACUGCAAUCAUUGGAUGUUGAUAACGACGAUGACAAUGGUGAUGACGAAGAUGAUGAUGAACUGUACAAAACUCCCUGUAGUACUCCUGCAGAAUUAUCCGAAAUCGAGGAGGGAGAUGUAGAGGAAAGUAUGAAUCAUGAAGUUGAGAAAGCAUCUCAAAGACAAACUGAAACUGGUGUAAAUGAUAAAAACAAAUCCAGUGAGAAAUUAUCAUUGAUAGACAAUAACAAUAAUAUCUAUGUCUCGUAUACGGUCAAUGUUACAAAUAUACGAGUAUUGGUUGGUUGUUUGGACUUACUCAACAAAUUAAAUUUAUGGAAUUGUUACAAUCUUGAGGAAGAGAAUUUAGUAGAACCUAAAUCUGAUGGACGUACAUUACCGUUUGGGAGUAAUAAUACAUUCAGUUUCGAUGAUCAAUCUGUUCUACGUGUAAGCAAUUCUACAAUGAUUUCUCGAUUAUGUUUGAUUAAUCCAUUCAGUUUACGUAUAUUGAUCAGUCGUCGAGUAUGUUGCAUGAAAGAUCUCACUUAUAUAUCAAGUCCUAGAUCAUCAUCAUUAAAUUAUCCUCCGUAUUUGUGGAUAACAAUAAAACAAGAAUCAUGUGUCGUUCAUUUGUCAAAUACAAAGAUAUCGGAUUUACUCUCCUGUAUAAAAGCAUCUCAAUGUCAAUUAAAUCGAAUUAAACCUAUGAAAUGGAAAUGUUCUUCAAUGAUGAAAAAAUUCAAUCGUAUUCGUAAUCACAGCAUAUCAUUUUCCGAUUCAAAUGUACACUCUAAUUGUAAUACAUUUAAACAUAGAUCACAUCAUACAAGCAUAUCUGUAUCUCAGUGUUGUCAUUGGAGGGAUUGUUGCGGUGAGAAAUCAGCUGAUAAUUUCUCGUCUCCGACAAUAUUUGAUUUUAAACGAAAAAAACUUAUCGCAACUUAUUCCAUCCAAUCAUUCAUUAUUCAGUUUGAAUCAAAAGAUCGUCCUCUGGCAGAAUGUCGUCUAGAUGGAGCAGUUUGCAGUUUAUCAGUCUAUCAUGGUUCACCUAUUCCUUAUUGUUUACAAUUUAAGCUGAAUAGAAUUUCGAUGGUGGAUGCCGUAAGCAAUUUAGGUGGUGUAUACGAUGUGAUUGUGAAUUCUGAUGAAAAAAUUGAAAGUACUGAUUCACCUGAUCUAAUUAUUCGAUUAAAUAACCAAGCUAAUAAUGAUAGUAAUAAUAGUUCAUCUCAUAUUUGUAAUGUUUUAAGCGUAAAUUCUACAUUAUCAACAAUUGGUUGUAUUCCUUUAUUGGAUCAUAUCUGUCCUGAAAAAGUAUUCAAUGUCAAGGAAUCUUAUGAUUUUGUUACGGGUACUCUAUCAUGGUCUCCAUCGCCUGAUUGUUUAUCUCAUAAUGAAGUGAUUCAUUCAAUUGGAACAUAUUUCAUUCAACUAAAUGUACACUGUUUCAAUAUUAUUGGUAAUCCAAUUACUGUAAAAUCUAUCCAUGAAUUUCUAAACAAUCUCUACUGUUCUACAAUGUUUGAUCAGUCAGCAUCAUCCAUGGAAUGUUGUACUAUUGAUUCUGAACAGAAUAGUUAUCGGAUAUCAUCUUUAAUGAAUAAUUGGAAUAAUAAUAAUGCAUCUACAUUCAUCAAAUACGAGUUUAAGUUAUCAGUUGAUAAUAUAAAAUUAUUAUUAAUCAAUCAAUUCGACGUUAAACAUCAAGACCAAAAUGUGAAUGUGUCAGUGAAGAGAAUUGCCGAAAUAAUAUUCUCCGGUUUACAAAUAAACUUCUAUCAUUCAAGUUUAUCAAAUUCAGUAUUAUUGAAACUUCAAUGUUUUCAAAUUAUACCGUAUCGUAAUUCAAAAUUAUCAGCUGAUCAAUAUUUGUUAGGACCUGCUCUUUCAUUAUCCACCUCAGAUCAUCACCAUUCUAAUCAGGUCACAUUGGAAUAUGACUAUGGAUUGAUUGGAUCAUCCAAUUAUUUUCCACGUAAAACUAAUAAACAUCUCCAAAUUAGUUUAUCCAAUAUUGUAUAUAUACAUCUCAUUCAUGAAUUACAUGAGAUAUUAUUUUGGUUUAAACAAAUUCUUCCAUUAUUAUGUAAUCAGUCUUCUGUCACUAAUAAUGAUCAAUUAUCUAUAGAUAACAUGGAUUUAUUAUUCAAUUGGCCUGAAUUGUCAAUCACUUUCAAUAAUCCUCUGAUUUUAGUUCCUUGUAAAUCAAAUCAAUUUAAUCAAUUUUUAUUAAUUGGAACUAAACUUAUUAAAAUCAAUCAUUAUUCCUCAUACUGUGAUGCAUCAUUGUCGAAUUCCUCUAUUACUAUGAUACAACAUGAAAGAGUGAACAAGUCAUAUUCUAUCCAGUUAUAUUUUAUCGAUUUCGGUGUAUUUCUUUACACUAAUAGUGAUAACGCGAAGACAUUAUCUAAACAAUAUUUAUCAUCGUCAUCAACUAUCUAUUCAGAUUCGUGGGUGAAUUUUUCAUCUUUACAUAAAUUUUGGCUUAACUCUUAUAAAUUGGAUGACAGUAUGGUAACAGCAACUAAACAGAAAUCACGGCAUCACAUCAUUAUGUCACCAAUAAACUUUUCUGCACAUAUGGCCUAUGUGAAAUCAAAUUUUCCAAAAUGUUUUUCCACAUUCAAUUCACGCUUUCAAUCAGUUCGUUUCAAUUUUUCUGAUUUCGUCAUGAUGCAUUCUAUGACAUUGAAUCAUACCACUGACGAUAAUAAUAUUACUGAAGAUUAUUCUACUAUAAGAAAUUCACCGUCUCCAUAUCGAUUAUCAUCCACAUCUCCUGCUUCUAAUAUGAAUUUACUGUUAUUUACUGAACCAAUUAAUGCUCAAUUAAUUAUAGAGUUCUAUAUUCAAACUGUAUAUAUUAAUUUGACUAAAAUGAAUUGUAAUUUGCUAACUAACGUAAUUCAAGAAUUAAAUAAAGAGUAUUGUGAUUAUUGCUGUAACAAUUGUAGUUAUUCGAAUAUUAAAUCUUCACAGUAUAAUCAAACAGAAUUAUUUCAGCUUCCUUAUCCUGAUCCAAAUAUUAUUGUUUCUUCUAUGAAAUCAAAAACUUCUAUGGAAUUUGGAUUAUUUAUAAAUUGUAUGAAAAUGAAUAUAUUAAUAUUUGGUGAUUUAGAUAUUAUCCCUAUACCAUUAGUAUUAUUAACAUUAAAUGAUAUAUAUAUUUCAUCUAGUUUUCAUUUAUUAAUAAAUGGUAUUAAAAUGCCAUCAUGUAUACAGAUUAAUAUAAAUAAUAUCCAUUUAAUAAAUCAACUUGAAAAGAAAUUCAAUUAUAUACCACAACAACACCAACAACAACAACAAAAUAGAACUAGUUCAACAUUCAAUACUCAUUACUUAAAACAAACCAAUUCAAAAAGUAUUUUAUUAAAAUUGAAUAAUAAAAUUGAAUUGAAACGAAAUAAUGAUUAUUUAAAUACGGUAGUACAAUGUAGAAAACAUCAUUUAUCAUAUGCUGCUACUGCUAAUGGUGUUGCUGCUCCUGAUGAUGACAGUGUUUAUGAAUUAAAUCAAAUAUCACCAAUUUCUUUGCGUAUUAUACUUUUAUCUGAUGAACAUCAAACAUUUUGUCAAACUAAAUCUUUUGUGAAAUUUAUCUGCAAUACAAUUGACAUUCAACUUUACUGUGAACCAUGGAUAUUGAUUUUGGACUUUUUCAAUUUGUGCGAUUAUAAGGAAGAAACUCCACAAUGUACUUUAGAACGAUCUUAUCAAGAUUUGCUUCAUGAAUCCAAUUCCUGCGCGCUAGUUUCUUCUUGGAACAAUCCGAAAAUUGCUGCUCUAUUCAACAUUGAUUCUAUUAACUGUUUUGUUAACAAUUCAGAUCAAGAAGAAGACAACGAAAAAGAAUGUCGGAAUAGUCCUCAUCUCAUAUCUAACAACAGUGAAUCAAAUAUUGCUUUACUCUCCUUAAUUAGAACGAAAGUACAAAUUAAUUAUUUUAUUACAGAUGAUGAGAAGUUCUCAUCACUUAAUCUGCCUGUCAGCUAUUCUUAUUUGGAAAUUAAAGGCCAAAUAUGUGAUGUUAAAUUACAAGCUAUACAGAAGAAACAUUCUAACUUAUAUCCAACACGGUUCAUGACUAUGCCACAAUUGUGUCAUCCGAGUAAUAUUAUGAAUGACAAUGAUAAUUCACAGUUACCCUACAUAACUUUUCAAUUUACUAAACCUACUAAGCAUUUUCAUCAGCAAGUAUCCAAUCCAACUGUCAGUGUUGACGAUGAACAAGAUAUAUACAUUUCAAUACAAUUACCAGCUAUUACAUAUAUACACACACAGUCAUUUUUAACGAGUGUCAUUGACUCAUUGUUUAACUUCAAAGAACAUUAUGAUUUUGUCAGACGAACAAGAGCUGCUGUUAAGGGCUUUCAAAUUCCCGCAACUCGUUCUGUAUCUUCACGUAUACGUGUCAAUGUUUUUGGCGGUCCAUUAAAUCUGAUCAUUCCAAUUAGUUCUUAUAGUUCCAAAGUACUUAUUGCCAAUAUUAAUCAUUUGAAAAUUAAUAAUAAAUUUUUGUGUAAUACAAAUCAGGAAAGUGUUCCUUGUGAAUCAAUGUUUACAAAGUCAAAAUCCAAUGAGAAAUGUGAUAAUCGUUAUUUCUUUUCAAAUAUCCGGUCUUUGAACAAAAGUGGUCUUCUUGGACUUUUGGAAUGUUCUAAUCUGAAUUCAGAAGAUCUCGAUGAUUCACAACCUUUGUUGAUCGAUAAAAUAUUUAUGGACUUUUAUGGAUUUUCUUUAUAUUGUGCAGAACAAACUAGUUUAUUUGAUCCCAACUUGAUAAGAAAAUCAGAACAUAACUACAACAAUACGUAUGUUCAUUUACCAAAUCAGUUAUUCAUACCUAUCGGUAGAGUAUAUCCAUCUCAUUCUAAUAAUACCACUUUCUUUUUUAAUCCUACCGGUUGUGUUAAUUUAAUUUUGGAGCACAAUUUAACUUCUGGUAAAAUACCAGAUUGGAAAAUAAGUGGAGAAUUCACAAAUUGUCAACUUCAUAUAGAUCAACAUACAUACUGUUUAAUUCGUGGUGUAUUAUCACAUAAUUUUGGUGAAUAUUCAAAUUCUAGUGUCGAUACGAAGAAACCAUUUCUUGAAUCAAAUAUAUGGACUAAGUUUGCAAUUGAAAUCCGUUUGAAUUCAGUUCAAGUUACAUUAUUUGAUUCAUCAAACUCAUCUGUUAUUAUGAAUAAUAAUUCUACUGUUAAUGCAAAUCUAAAAGAGAAUGAGAACAAUAAUGAAUCUAAUCAGUUUGCUAUAAUCGACUUUUGUGAUACACUGUUAACUUAUGAAUAUUUUUCAAACCGAAGUACAUCUAUUCAACUUCAAUGCUACGAUAUAAAUUUAUUGAAAACUCAAAUGGACAAAGAUAAUGAACAAAAUCAGUUUAUUUUAAAAAGCUUGUCAACAGAUUUAUCAGGUCAAUUAAUUGAAGAGGAGGAGGAGAGUGUAAAGCAAACUGAUGAGAUAUUAGUGAAAACGCCGAAACUUUUUAUUUGUUCAAAUAGUUCUUUGUCACAAUCAACAUUUAUAUUCUCUUUAAUGAGACUUCAUUUAAUUUGUGACUGGGAUUGGUUAUUGCGUUUUCAGUAUUUUCUCUUAUCAUCUCCUUUAUCAUCUGACAGUGAAAAUUCCCCGAUUGUUUACACUUUACAAAAGCCUAUUUCACCUUGUAUCGACUGUAUAUCCACAACUCGAACAAUUUCCAAAUUGCAGAUGUAUUCUGAUGAACCAAGUUAUAAUCAUAGACGGGAGUCCAACUUAUCUUCCAGUGUACUGAAUACGUCUUUACAGAUAUUCAUAGAAGAUUGUGAAGCCUGUAUACCAUACAAAAAAUCAAGUUUUCUCAUUAAAUCAAGUGUACGUUUCUCACGUCAUACAUCAAAAUAUUCAAUAUCUGAAAUACUAAAUGAUGAAAUACAUACUGAUAUUCUACAAUUUUGUUUAUAUUCUAAUUCAAAUUCAUUGAUUAUUAUACCUAGUCCAUUGAAAUUCUACUCUAAAUUAUAUCAUCACUUGUUAAAUAGUAAAUCAUCUUUUUCAUCUCAACUGUCUGCAUCAUCCACUUCAACAAUUUCAUCUAUGAAAGGAACAUUUAUGAAUACUGGAUUACUUUGUUCGUCAAAUAUAUUUAUUGAAUAUCCUCCUUGGCAAAGAAAUUUAUUACAUAUUAAACCAGCACAGUUGCAGCUUCAGAUGUCUUUAACUGCGCCCAACAUUCAUGUUACAUCGAAUUUCUCAGAAUUACAAAAUGUUAUACAUUUUUUCUCUUCUCUCUAUAUAUCAUCAUCAGUUGAUGCUCACACUAAUAAUGCCGGUGAAAACCAGGAUGCUAUUCAUUUGUUACCAGAUGUAAAAUCCUCAGUAACAACUUCAAAUCAAAAAUCAUCAUCAUUAUUGGCAACAUUUUGGCCAAAUAUUUUUGCUGAUUACAUUUCAAAACAAUUAAUUAAUUUCGAUAUUAAAAUUUCAUUUUCAAUAUGUCUGUUUGAUACAAUAACAUCAGUUCAAUCUUCAUUGUUAGCUGAAGAGAUUCCAUUGAUAAAGUUUUGUGUUGAAAACAUGAAACUGUUUUGGAAGCGAUCAAAUUUACAAGCUACACUGGAAUGCAUUGGGAUUUCAUGUUCUUAUUACAAUCAAAAUCUAAUUGCUUGGGAACCUGUACUGGAACCAUGGAGUUGUUUAUUGAAUUGGACUGAAAAUUUUGAGCAAGAUUUCAGUAGAACCAUCUCUUUCAACUGCUCAUCUCAAUGUAGUUUGAAAUUGAAUCUAACAGUUCCACUAGUGCAAAUAAUUCGUCGUCUACUUAAUACAUGGAUCAAAACACAACAAUUUCCAAAGUAUGAUGCAAUGCCAGUAGUAAAUCAACAAGACCUUUCAUUUUUAACUAGUCAAAAUACUGGUUCAUUUAUUUUAAUUAAUGAAACUGGAACAUAUUUACGAUAUAAAUUGAUAAAAAAUCACCAAUUAGAUUCAUUAUUUAAACCAGAAGUUUUGAUACCGGAUUUAUUAGACAAUAGUACUGAUGAUAAUUCUGACGAACUUGGUCCAGAUUCACGUGUAUGUUUACCAAUAAAAAUAUCAUCGUUUGCUUAUAAUUUAUCAACAAAUACUCUACAAAUUAAUACAAAUGUAGAUUCUAUACAACUGCCUAGUUUAUCAGUACAAAUAAAUGGUUGGAAACCAAUUUAUCCAAUAUCUCUUGAUCGAUUAGGCACUUAUUAUCGUGUUAUUGAACGAUUAAAUAAUGCGGAACCUGAAAUAUUGAAAAGUGAACAGAAUGAAUGUUGGAAAUAUCAUUUACCAAUAUUUAAUCGUUUGAUCAUUGAUAUAGUUCAUGAUCAAAAUUCACAUUAUUCGAUUUAUUUAAGAUCUGGUUUAACUAUAACAAAUGAUUUAAAUCAAAGUAUUAAUAUUGGUUUAGAAAUUACAUCACCGAAAUCAUCAUUAUCAUCCUCAGUAUUCGUAUUGCAUAAAUCGUCGGAAUCAGUAAUCAGUUCAUCUGAUGCAUAUCUUAAAAAUGUACUUUAUGAAUCAGUAUUAUUAUUAACAGUAUGUAGACCAAAAUGUACUUAUGCUGUCCCAAUUAAUAUUGUUGGAUUAAUGUCACUAGGAUUAGGAAAUUUAUGCGUUUCUCCAACAAAAACAGUUAUGAAUCGAAAAGAUCUUUCUUCGUUAUUAAUGAAUAACACUAAUGAACAAAAUAAAUUUACGGAUAAUUUAUACGAUUGGGCUACUGUUUAUCAUCAUAACAAUGAGAUAAUGACCGAGGAAGAACAACUACAAUCUACAUGUUCUUCUUCAAUUCCAACCUCUACAGUUUCAUCAUUGUCAUCAUCAUUAACUGAUUUCGUGGAUAAACGAAGGAAUUCAUCUAUAAGAAUGGUGAAUUGGACAAGCUUAAAACAAUCGGACGAAUUGUUAGAAGCUAUACUGAUAUCAACAUGUCAACUUCCAUCAAAUUCACGAGCAAUACACCAGAUUAGUUCUUUACAACGAUUUCAACAGACUAAUACUACUACUUCUACUUCUAUAUCAUCAUCUUUGAAUAAAACAUCUUCAUCAGGUUUUAAUAGCAAUAACAAUAAAUUUCAUAUUUGUGUAACUGUUGUACGUGAUCAAUUUCCCUUGGAUCCUCAGUGGAAUAAACUAUAUUCUAAUCAAUGGUAUACGAAUUAUAAACAUUUGUUACCAAUCACUUUACCAGGUCAUCAUAUUACUAUUGGUCCAGUGUUAAGAAUUACUAAUUUAUUACCAUGUGAUAUGAUAUUUUUUAUUUUUGAAACUGAUAUUAAUGGUACAUUGGGAUCGAAAGAAGAAGCAUGUGUCCAUAAUUUAUUUCCAGUGAACACCAUCAAAUUUGGUAUUCAUUUAGAUGGAUUUCCAAAAUGCGAUCCAUUGUCUAUUCCAUCAAAUACUUACAAUCAAAAAGUGCUCAUUCGUUUAUAUGAUACUUUGGGUCGACCAUUAGAAUUACAAGUCCAUGUUUGUUCCAGAGCAUUUGGUGCACGUCAUUUAACCGUUAGUCCUGUUAUAUGUUUAUUAAAUAAAUCUGGUAUACCGCUGAUAUUUGCUCACUCAUCAUCGUCAUUAUCAUCUAAUCAACUUAAUUUACCAUCACAAGCAUCUAUACUAGCUGCUGGUCAAAUUGAAGAACACGAACAAGCUUGUGCUUUGAUGCCGUUACUUUUUUCAUUUGCAAAUAAAUCUGAAGGUUAUCUACUACGUGUUCGUAUAGGGAAAGGGUAUCAUAGUGAGAAUGAUGUUUUACCUAACAAUGAAAAUGAUCAACUUCUGACUUAUAACAUAAAACGUUGUACAUGGUCACCUGGAAUAUCUUUAGAUAAAUCUGGUGUGGAUGUAUUGCAGUUGAAAGUGUACACUGAAAAUAAUCGCUUAUCUUCGGUACGUUAUUUAGGUUUUGAAGUUGACACCGGUCAUGAUCCCAAUGAUUCAUCACUGCCAACUACAACAAUGGUCACAUUUCGACCACGUUAUAUCAUUGAAAAUUUAACAAAAUAUCAAUUAAAUGUUACACAACGAUAUUGUUUAAAAACAGCUAAUAAUUUACCUGCUUCAAUUAUCGUUUAUCCAAAUCGUAGUCAAUCAUUUCAUUGGUCUAACGAUGAUUUAGAUCGUCUUUUAUGUAUGCGUGCUGCGAUUAGCACUUCAUCAUCAUCUGUUGUUCAUGAUCAAAUGACAACAGGAAUCAAUAAUCGAUCUGAUGAUUUAUGGACGAUGUGGUCUGGUGGUUUUCAGAUAGAUCAUGCUCAUUCAUUUAUUAUAAUGUUAAGACUGAAUCGUUUUCAUCAAAUUGUUGAUUUUCCACAAUCGUUAUUUUUUCAUGUGAUUAUCACUUUACAAUCAGCCACUUUUUUUAUAAAAAUUCAGCAUUACCAUGGUUUACCACCAUUUCGUUUUGAAAAUCUCAGUUCAAUUUGUGUUUACUAUUGUCAAUUAAUUGAUUCAAUUCAUUUAAUGAAUACAAAUUCAAAAUUACAACAUAUUAGUUCGUUUAAUUCUGAUAAACAUAUUCAUGAUAAUUAUUUUCGUCGGGGUGUAUUGCAUCAUUCCAUGUCAUCGAUUCAUGAUGAUGAAUCGAUUAGCAAUAAUGUUGAUGAAAUUAAUAAUCAAAUUCUUGAUAAAUGGGAUGGUGGAGCUUGUCCAUCGUUUUUAAUUCCUGGAUCUAUAAUUCCAUAUGCUUUAGAAGAACCAUGUGGUAGUUCCUCAGUUAUUUUUAGUGUACAGGAUGAUAUCAGUGAAAUAAUUAAUUUGGAUACAAUGAAUAUCAGUAAAAUUUUACGUUAUGAUAAUUUUGUUUACCUCACUUUAUUUGGACCAUUAAUGGAUUAUAUUGUCCCAACAGAAAUGAAAACUGAUAAUGAUUCACUGCGUAGAAGAAGUUCAUCAUUACCUAAUCUUGUUUUUGAUAUACUCCCUGGAUCUAAUUAUGUUGUUUGUGCUAUCAAGUCAUCAAGGCGUCAUUCACAAUUAUGGAAAUUAUCUGAUGAUGGACUAAUUUAUCAUGAAAAUACUUCAUUGUUGACUCCAUCAUCGUCUAAGUCCGCACGAAAAAGUUCAAAGAAUAAACAUCAAUUUGUUUUAGAUAUAAAUCGUAAAGGUGAUCCAAAUGCACCAUCGAGUAAUGAUCAAUUGGUUAGUAUCAAUGGAUUAAUCGAUCCAGAAACUUUAAAACAUUUUGAAGUUGUUCAACUUAUUAUUGCUAAGCCGAGUAAACAACGAAAAGCCUAUCAAACCUGGAGAAUCGAUCAAAAUGGUCUGUUGGUCAACAGUGCAUUGUUUUGUGUACAAAUUCGUCGUGAUCUAAUGGAUGUUAUGUCGUCUUCACAAUUAUCAUUGGAUAGUAGUUUUGAAGAGAGCAAUGUUGAUGACUUAAUGAAUUUAUCACAUCAUAUUUCAUCAAAUCAAUUAAUUUUAUUAGCUGCACGUCCACGUCCAUUAGCAACACGUUUAAUUAGUUCAUCUAUAACAUCAGCAAUGAUUUUACCAAUAUGGCUUCGUCCCGGUUCCGGUAGACUACGUUUAUUCACUUAUCUAGAUAAAGCUACACGUGUUUUACGUAUUGAAGAUGAAGAUUCAAAAAAUACUGAAUUAACUACACAAAAUACAGAUAAUGUAAAAACAAUUUCACGUUGGGGUAGAAAAACAUCAUCAAUAACAUCACAAGGAGAUCUGUACCUGCAACGUGAAUCAUCAGUAUGGGAGGACUCGUCUUAUCAGUCAAAUUUAUGUAGUAGUCCUGAAACACGAGAUCUUCAUCGAUUGGUGACCAAUUUUAAGGCUAAUUUAACUCUGCCUAAUGGAAUUGGAAUUAAUGUUAUAUCAUCAUUUAUGGAAGAACUUAUCUAUAUUUCAUUAAGUGAUAUAAAUUUAUCAUUGAUUCGAACUUAUUCUGAUGUAUUAACUGCUAAUACUACCCCUACUACUUCAUAUCUCGUAUCAUCUAGUGAAAAUUCAAUGAUGAAACAUGCUAAUAGUUACUGUAACAUUUUAAAUGACAAUCGUUUAUCAUCUAUUACACAUCAUGGUUUAAGUUCAAUUGAUCUUGCUCAUCCAUCUGGUAUCUCACGAUCUUCAUUGAAUGAUGACAAUGCCAGUUACAAUAAUAAUCUUACGGAUGAGAAUGAAAAUGGAUCUUGUCUUACUAAAGUAUCUGAAACAUUUCAAUUACUUAUUGGUCAUUUUCAAAUUGAUAGUCAAUUUACUGGUGCUCUUUUCCCAGUACUUUUGUUUCAAAUCAAUACAAAAUCAAUAACCAAUGAUGAAUAUCAUCUUCCUCAUUUGAAUGUUAGUGCUGAUCAUCAAAAAUUAAAAAUGAAUUCAUUUCCAAGUUAUGCUACAACAACUACUUCUACUACUGAAUUCAUACAAAUGAAUGAAAUGAAACAUUUAUCUACAUUAAAAAUCACUUAUUCACGUGAUGAUAUUCAAAACAAUUGGCCAGUACACUUAUUUAAAAUAUUUCAGAUUGAUAUAAGUCCGUUGAAUGUACAAGCGGAAGAAUUACUUCUACUUAAAUUAAUUCAAUUUUAUCAACAUGCUUUUGAGGAGGAUACCGAUACUGAUGAACGGAAUAAUUCUUAUAAUCACCAUCUUCAUUCACAUCAUUACUCACAUAAUUAUAAUGAUAACGAUCCUGCUGUCUUGAAUCCUUCAUCUGAUUCAUUACCUCACAAUUCAGAUAAAAGGAAGUAUUCAAUGUUGCAUAACAAUAAAUCAGAAAAUAAAAUAUUCUGGUGUGAUCGAUUUAUAAUUAGUCCUAUACAUAUGAAAUUAAGUGUACAAACAGCGAAAAGUUCAUUGACUGAAUCAUAUUUAGCCGGUGCUAAACGUUUACUACCAUCAUUAAUGAGUUUUACAGGUGCAGAAAUACAAUUAGAUCCAGUAGAAAAACUGUACAUGUUGGAAACUAUUCCACAGUUAAUAAAUUAUCUUAAUACAUAUUAUCGAUUACAACUUCGAGCGCAUGCAUUGAAUAUAUUUGGAUCAGUUGAUUUUCUUGGCAAUCCAAUUGGUUUAAUUAAUGAUUUAAGUUCAGGAAUAUCAGGAUUGGUGGAACUAGAUGUCGGUGGUUUAAUUCGACAUGUUGCACAUGGUGUCGGAGAUAGUGCAGCAAAAGUUGCUGGAAGUGUUUCUCAAUUACUAACUGCUAUAUCAUUAGACGAUAAACAUGAACAAGAACGUGCAGCUAUAUUGGGCAGUCGUAUUGAUUCGUCUUCAUUAUUACAAACAUCACAAUCUAUUUAUAAUUCGAAUUAUUAUGAUGACAGUGAAGUGUCUUCUAGUGGAAUCGAUGAAUCAUUAGAUGAUUUUGAAUUGACUUGUCAUGACAUAUACACUGAUAUGAAAUCAACUUCGUCGACAUAUAGUUCUUCAUCAUCAUUAUCCUCACCGCCAUCAACAUCAUCAUCAACCAUAACAUCACUUCCACAAUAUCCGAAGCAAACUCACCAUUCAUUUGAUACAAAUCGUUCUGUUACAGCACCUUUUAGCGCUGGAGUUCGUGGCCUGAUGCAUGGUAUCGUUGGUGGAAUGACAUCCAUUGUUACACAGCCUUAUCGUGGUGCAAAAGAAGAUCAGUUAAGAGGUUUUGUCUAUGGUGUUGGUCGUGGAUUAUUAGGUACAGUAACAAAACCAGUUGGUGGUGUAUUCGAUUUUCUAUCUGGUAUGAUGAGUUCAAUUAGUGAAGUUGCACGUCCAUCAAAUUUAUAUCGUCCAAAACGAUGUAGACCACGUCGUGCUGGUCUAUCAAAAUAUUUUUCACGACCAUUAAUUAUUUAUAAUUUAAAUGAAGCAAUAGCUCAAUUACAAAUUCAUCAUCUUACAUUAUUCAAUGUUACACGUCGUUAUUCAUUAAAAAAUUAUUAUUCAUCUGCAUUGAAUACUUUUAAUUCUAUAGUUAAUUCAUUGAAUACAUUUGAAAUUGGUGAAGUUCCAAUAGACAAUACUAAUAUUACUACUAAUAAUAAUACUACUAAUAAUGUGGAUGAAUUCGAUGGUACAAAUAAACUGUCUCCUAUUAACACUUGUAAAUUAACUAAUCUUGAUUUAACUUAUUCAUUUAGUCAUAUGUUAUAUAUUUAUGCAUUAUUACCAUGUAAUAAUAGUCCAGAAGCUUUAGCAUCACAUCAUCUUCGUUAUUUACUUUAUUCACCUGAAUCAAUAUUACAUAUUUUACCUAUACAAUUAAAUGGUGUAGUUGUAUUAAUUACAGAUCAAGCUUUAUGGUGUAUACGUGAUAAUUCAUUACAGAAUUGGAUUCUUUCAAGAAAUCCCGUUAGUAUUAAUAAUAAUAAUAAUAACAAUAGUAAUAUCAAUAUAUCGGAUUCGAACUCAUCUGUUACAUCACAUCAAACCGCACCGGUAUUUUCCCUGACUGAAAAUACGACAUUAAUGUUCAUGUUGCAUUAUCAUCGUCUAGAUCAAAUUUAUGUAAUGCUUUCUCAGAAUACUAACACACUUAGUUCUGUGUUGACUGCUGAUGUCAAUACUACUACUAGUAGUACAUCGACUACUUCUACAACUACUAAUUCUCCUGUUUAUGUUGUUUUCUCAGCUGAUUGUGGUACAAGUAAACAACAAUUACGUUGUGACUACUUAACUUGGGGUUUAGAUUUAACAUUACAUGUAAGAAAUGCACAAUUUCGUUUUGCUCAGGCUAAUAUGCGUGUAAAUCGUUUGAACACUAACAAUAUCUCAUCGUCAACUCUUUCAUAUAAGAAUAAUAAACAACAAUUGACUACUGUCUAUUAUAAUGUGCCUCGUUUUCAAAAUCAUCCUGUUGCAUUGGCUUACAGUCCAAUUUGUCACAGAUAA